GCAAGAGAACGGGUGGGAAAAAAUAGUCGCACGGCUGCGAAUAAGUUUUAGUAAAAUUAUUCUCACUAAAUAGUUAAUAACAAACGCCAUGGCCUGCAACGCAAGCAAGACCAAUCUCUUGCGCGCUAUCGCUAAGCGCGGAUAUGCCACCUGCCCACGUCCCGUAGGCGAUACAGCUGCCAUCAACGUCAAUGUGCUGGACAACAAACUGGUGGUGGCCACAGCUGAUGCGUCUGUGCCCGUAACGCGCGUCUCCAUUGUGCUGCGUGCUGGUGCCCGUCAUGAGGCUUAUGAUACGCUGGGUGCGUCGCAUAUGCUCCGCUUGGCCGGCAGCAUGAGCACCCAGAACUCUACUGCCUUUGCCAUUGCACGUCAUAUACAGCAAGUGGGUGGCACUUUGAUCAGCUGGGGUGAUCGCGAGCUUGUGGGCUACACUGUAGAGACCACCAGCGACAAUGUGGAGACUGGUCUGUGCUAUUUGCAAGAUCUGGUGCAGCCUGCAUUCAAGCCCUGGGAGCUGAAGGACAACACCAAGACGCUGCUCAACCAGCUGGAUGCGGUGUCCACAAAGGAACGCGCCAUUGAGCUGGUGCACAAGGCUGCCUUCCGUCGCGGCUUGGGCAACUCCAUCUAUAUACCUCGCUUCCAGCUGGGUAAGCUUUCCAACGAGAGCCUGUUGCACUAUGUGGCCAGCAACUAUUCGCCCAGCAGCGCUGCUGUUGUUGGCGUUGGCAUUGAUAACAACACCUUGUCGGGCUUUGCGCAGACUUUGAAUUUCCCCAGCGGUGGCGGCAGCGCCGGCAAGAGCGAAGCCAGCUACUUUGGCGGUGAUGCACGCAAGGAUACUGCUGGCCAUCGUGCUGUGGUGGCUGUUGCUGGUGAGGGUGGCGCUGCUUCCAACCACAAAGAGGCUUUGGCUUUCGCCAUUCUGGAGCAGGCUGUAGGCGCUGGUGCUGCCACCAAACGCGGCAAUUCCGCUGGUCUGUUUGGCGAGGCUGUCAGCUGCGCUGGUGAUGCACCAGUCCAAUUCAGAGCCCUCAAUGCUAGCUAUAGCGAUUCCGGUCUGUUUGGAUUUGUCGUUGCUGCUGAUGGCAAGGAGAUUGGCAAAGCUGUAGACUUUUUGGCGCGCGCUCUAAAGUCUGGUGCUGUGUCCGAUAAGGAUGUGGCUCGCGGCAAGGCGCUGCUGAAGGCUCGCGUUAUGGGCAAGCACUCAAGCGAUGGUGGUCUGAUUAAGCAGAUGGGUCGCCAGGCGGCUCUUACACGCACAGUGCUGGAUGCCAACACUUUGAUAGGUGCCAUCGAUGGCAUUUCGCUGCAACAAGUGCAGGCUGCUGCCAAGAAGGUUGCUGGUUCCAAGCUGUCUGUGGGCGCCAUUGGUCAUCUGGCUAAUGUGCCCUAUGCUUCGGACUUGGCUUAAGUAGAUUACUCUCUAACGUGUUAAACUGUAAAUGUAAAUUAAUCCAUGCUGGCAAACGAAAUAAAACCUGUUGGAAAUUAACGCUAUAAACGAUA